AUGUCUAAAGAAGCAUCACUCUGGACAUUUGUUGUUCUUUGUCGGUCUUCAAAAAUCAUUACACUUGUUGAACAAGAAUCGAAUGUCAACACCGCCCCUUUCGUCCAUAGGUUUCAAGAAACACUAAACUACUACACGGCUAUUUUUGAAUCGAUUGAUGUAACUCUACCUAGAAAUGAUCAACAACGAAUUAAUGUUGAACAACAUUGUCUUGCACGCGAUAUAGUAAACAUUAUAGCGUGUGAAGGGGCUGAAAGAGUUGAAAGACAUGAAGUAUUAGGGAAAUGGAGAUCAAGAUUUACAAUGGCUGGAUUUACACCAUACCCUUUGAGUUCACUUGUGAACUCCACUAUUAAAUCGUUGCUCGAGAAUUAUUCGAGCAAGUAUAGCCUUCAAGAACGAGACGGGGCUCUGUUUCUUGGCUGGAUGAAUCGCGAUUUGGUUGCUUCUUGUGCUUGGAAAUGA